AUGCGUGCCUCAAUUGCUUUCGCCACCGGUCUGCUGGCCCUCGCCAACGCCCGCAUCACAGGCAUAUCCGUCCCCGAGACCAUCCGGCCGGGCGACACCGUCAACGCCACCAUCAUCAGCGAGAACUACAUCCAGGCCGUGUACGACGUAGCCAUUGUGUUCGGCUACGCCCCGGGCCACGGAACGCCCGAGAGCCUCGGACUCGUCGCCGGAUCAAUCUACCUCGGUCCCGGCCAGUCGAACCAGCUACACAGCUUCACCCAGCAGGUUGCCAUUCCGGAAAGCGCCCCCAGAGGCAGGGGCCUCAUCACCGCCAGCUUGAUGAGCCUGUACGGCGCGCUGCACAUGCCCACGCUGAGCAACUUCAACGUCACCGUUACCUUUGGCGAGGAGACGUCCACCAAGUAUAUUUCCAGCCAGUCCUAG